ACAGCACGGGCAGAACAGAUCCGCUCUGUGUUUACGUUGAGAUGCUCACAACAAAGGACGGCGCAUCGCGGAGAGCCUGUCAUUUAAAAUAAAACACCGUAUUUUGUGUCACGGUGAGCGUUUGUAAGUCAUAACUCCGGGGACAGGAGAACAAAUAACACAAGCUCCCAGGGCUAUUUUUUUUGUUUGUUUUUUACGUGGUAACGGAGCGGGUUUACUUUUCUUUAUUUUUUUGCCUAAAAAAAAGGGAGAAAUUAAGACGAUUUUUAAAUUUUUUUUAUGCCGGUGGAGCGUUAGCUUGCUUGCUAGCAAAAGCAAGUUGGGGGAAAAGCCAGGCAGGCAGCAGCUGGUGGAGAAGCUAGCAGCCCAGUCAGCCACACCGAAGACAAUAAAAGGAGUUCAUCAUUCAUAUCGCAGUCAGGACAAGUGGCGCUGCGAGAGACGGACACAUGAAGCAUGCGAGGGUGGAGCUGAGGCUCAGCUGACCCUCCCCCUUCCUUCUCCUCCUUUCCCUCGUGGUCCAUUCGAUUAGCACCUCCCCCCUCCCUUCCCCUCCUCUCCCCUUCCUGUCUCCCUCGCCCUGUCGGAUCUUGCCUCCCCUCCUCCUCAAAGCCUUAAUCAGCCGUGCCCAAUGUACUCCCCGGAGCAAGAAAACAUCUCCACAACAGCCUCCACCAAAGUGCCAGUGAAGUAUGGAGAGCUUAUUGUGCUGGGGUACAAUGGCUCUCUGCCCAAUGGAGACCGAGGCCGACGUAAAAGCCGCUUUGCACUUUGUAAGAGGCCGAAGGCAAAUGGAGUGAAACCCAGCACGGUUCACGUCGCCUGCUCUCCACAGGCAGCCAAGGCCAUAAGCAACAAAGACCAGCACAGCAUCUCUUACACUCUGUCUCGAGUCCAGACGGUGGUGGUGGAGUACACCCAUGACAGCAAUACAGACAUGUUCCAGAUCGGUCGUUCGACAGAGAGUCCCAUAGACUUUGUUGUGACGGACACGGUGGCGGGCAGCCAGAGUAACGCAGACACCCAGUCGGUCCAGAGCACCAUCUCGCGCUUCGCCUGCCGCAUCAAGUGCCAGCGCACGCCACCUUACACCGCACGCAUCUACGCCGCGGGGUUUGACUCCUCCAAGAACAUCUUCCUAGGGGAGAAAGCUGCUAAGUGGAAGACGCCUGAUGGUCAAAUGGACGGGCUGACCACCAACGGCGUGCUGGUGAUGCACCCUCGAAACGGCUUCACCCAGGACUCCAAACCCGGCGUCUGGAGGGAGAUCUCGGUCUGCGGCAAUGUUUUCACCCUGCGGGAGACCCGCUCGGCACAGCAGCGGGGAAAGAUGGUGGAGACUGAGAGUCAGGAGCUGGUCGACGGCUCUCUCAUCGACCUUUGCGGUGCCACUCUGCUGUGGCGCACAGCUGAAGGCCUGGCGCGCACUCCCACCCUCAAACACCUGGAGGCGCUGCGGCAGGAGAUCAACGCAGCCCGCCCGCAGUGUCCCGUAGGCUUCAACACGCUGGCCUUCCCUUCCAUGCGUCGUAAGGACACGCCGGACGAGAAGCAGCCCUGGGUCUACCUCCAGUGUGGCCACGUCCACGGCUACCAUAACUGGGGCAACCACCGCGAGGAGAGGGAGGGCCGGGAGGGCCGGCUCAGGGAGUGUCCCAUGUGCAGAGCUAAAGGGCCGUAUGUGCCGCUGUGGUUGGGCUGCGAGGCAGGGUUUUACGUAGACGCCGCCCCUCCCACUCACGCCUUUAACCCCUGCGGCCACGUUUGUUCAGAGAAGACAGCAGCCUUCUGGAGUCAGAUCCCGCUGCCGCACGGCACACACACCUUCCACGCCGCCUGCCCCUUCUGUGCCCAGCAGCUGACUGGUGAGCAGGGCUACGUCAGACUCAUCUUCCAGGGACCCCUCGACUAGCAGGAAACACUUCCCAGCAUCCUCUGGGAGAGGCAGAGCGGGGAGCUUUUCACUGAGACACUGGCCUUGCAAACGGGGAGCUACCCAGAUUUGUUUUCUUUCCUCUGCGGUUAAGAUAAAACAGACUUUUUUCUGGA